AUGGAUUUGGAGAUUGAUGCACAAAAGCCUACAUUGGAUCUGGCAAAGAAAUGCCUCAAAAAGGUGCCGAAAAUGGAAGACGCUCAACAAUAUAAAGUACUCAUACUAGAUGACAAUGAGCUGCAAAAGAUUGAUAAUAUCGAUUCGUACUUAAAAAUUGAAAAACUUUCGUUAUGCAAAAACCAGCUGCUACGAAUGUACGGCGUAUGCCGGUUGCACUGCUUACGCGAGCUGAACUUGUCGUAUAAUGGAAUUCUCACAAUCGAGGGGCUUAAAGAUUUGCUAUAUUUAACGCACUUGAAUCUAGAAUGUAAUAAUAUCAAAACCAUCGAACAUCUCAAUACCAAUGUGAACCUGCAGUAUCUAAAUUUGUCGGAAAAUAGCAUUACGAGUGUGUCAGAUAUUUCUUACUUGAAAAAUUUAAAGGAACUGCUUCUCAAUGGAAAUCGCAUAUCGCAUUUAAGGCAAUGUGAUAAACAUUUACCUCAAUCAUUGGAAACUUUAACACUAGCGAAGAAUAAUAUAUCGGAUCUCAAUGAAAUCUGCACUUUGAGCCAUUUGAACAACCUGAACAGUAUCACGAUAACGGAUAAUCCAUGCGUGCAAAUGACUGGCAGUGCAAUUGGAUUUGACUAUCGUCCGUUUGUGCUAAACUGGUGCAUGAGCGUUAAGCAAAUCGAUGGUUUCGUUGUCACUGCCAUUGAAAGUCUCAAAGCGGAGUGGCUGUACAGCCAGGGACGUGGACGUCAGUUUCGAAUAGGGGAACAGUCGUCAUUGGCCCGUUACCUUAGCAGUGUUUGUCCGCUAUCCGGGGAAGCGCUGGAAAAUCAAAAUGAACGUAAACUGCGACUUAUCCUUAGCAAGGCUCAACAACAUCAGCGGCAACUGCAAGAGCAAACGACACUGGGAAGCGAUGGUACAAACCAGUCGGCAAACAAUUCACCAUCAUCUUUGCGACGGAAAGGACAGGCGACAAGAAUACAGUCACCCCGGGUGUCGCGUCUCAGUGGGCGCCAAAAUUCGCCCGAUGCUAUGUCAAACAGUUACCAUGGUAACCUUUCGACCAGUUCAAUUUCCUCUGGGCAUAACGAGAGCAGUUCGGGUGGAUCACAAUUGUUUGAGUUGACAAGAUCUCUUAUCGAUAACAUAACAUCGGACAGUAACAUAAUGUCGCAAAGUUUGGAUCCCAAUAUGCUAGCAACUAACAACGGUGGUGCAUCAAACACGGCUAACACCGGGCCAAGUUCAUUCCACGAAUGUGUUGUUCUAAGCAAACAACUUGCAUCGACAACGAAUCAAAAUCACGGGGUAUUGUAUAGUGAUCAACAAACAGGGGCAACUGUAACGGCUGGUAGCGGUCCACUAACUGCUGCUUCAAAAAUGGUACCCGUGCCAGAAUCAUUGAUGAGUCCUGAUUGUGGUCCAACCACCACCACGGCAGCCAGUAUUGUUCAGCGAAAUCUGCAGCACUGUAAUAUGCAACCUCAACCGCAAACUCCUCAAAUCCCGAAAGCCAUAAAAACGAAAGAUACCAAUCGGUCUGCUAGUCAAUCUGGCGGGUGCAACUCUCUGCCCAAAAGUGCAAGCCCGCGUCCAUCGAAACGAAACAAUAGCAGUGAACGUUCGUCGCCAUCGCUUUCCCCUCGAAAAAUCCUGAAUAGUAAUAGUAGCAAUGGUGCUAGCAUGAACAACAAUCAUUCGAGGCCUGUUUCGGCACAAUCAAGGCAUUCCGUGCAUGCACCCACGGCAACACCCUCAGAAGGUGGGUCGAGUAACGCGGUCAGUUCCGAUGAUGAUAGUGAGGCAAUCAAUAUAGAAAAAUUACGUACUAUACGUCACAAGGCCGCUCAACAGCAAACGCAUCAACAUCAUCAACCUGUCGUCCAACAUAUGGUAUUGAAAAUGAAAACGAAGGAUGUCGCUCCUGCUGGCAAGGAGACGUUGGAAGAUAACAAGGCAACGGAAAAUUCAGCCAUUCUCAUACAGAAGCUAUGGCGCGGCUAUGUAGCUCGCAAACGUACGCGUGACGUCGUGGAAAAGUUAUUUCAUAAACGAACUAACGACCAUAUUCUGCAACUUACCAAAGAUAUGCAGGUGACAAAAGAACAACUGGAAUCUGGUCGUAAAAUUCAGCAGCUACAAAUGAAAGCCCUUCGACAACUGUGGAGAAAAGUUUCCGCUAUGAAUCAAUCCGCAGAUCCUACAUCCCUUGGCAAUAACAGCUGUGGCCAAAUGCAAGCAACAGUACUGGAAGCAGAAGAAGCGUGUGGAGGCGUUCAUGUGGGAGGCGACGUGAUGGAGAGUAAUACUCUUCAAGAUUUAACAAAAUCGUGCUCAAUGCUGAUGAAUCAAGUGCAACAACUGCAAGGAGCCGUUAGGGAUAUUGUUGGUUGUAUGCAAUUUUUAGUCCAUGUUCCACAACCUACCCAACAGCCUGCCGGCAAUAUUCCUCGUUGUACUAUUGAAACCCAAACGGAUGUCGUAGCUGUUUUUACACCACGGGUAGAACAACAAGUGGAAACAUUUCCCUUCGACUCGUCGAGCUCCGCUAGCGAGCAAAAAGAACUUAAUGUAUCGACCGGCAGCGGUAAACUUUCAAGACCUUCAACGCUGCCGAUAAGCUCCACAGAAACGUCUCCCAAGCCUGUUGUUGGGGAAGAUUGCCUAACAAGCAUAGAAGAUAUUGUAGCUGUUGAACCGAAGCAACGGAUUGAUAGUAAUCAGGCGAUGAAGAUUGAAGAAGCGGAUCGUGGAAAUGAUGAGGAGAAUAAUGACGGUGAGCAGAAGGAACGUGACGAAAAAGAAAAUGAAGACCUAGUUGAAGCGGCUACCACAGGUACAAUAGAAACGAUUAGCACAUAA